AUGGCCUUAGGCCCGAACGAAACGAACCUCACCGUGAAAGGCAAAGAGGCGGACGCGAUAGAUCUGGGUGUAAGCCAGAACUUCCAGCUUUCGGAAGCGACGAGGGGGGAUGUAUACUUCACAUCCGACGGCGAAGAAGACGGUGUGGUUUGGGCUCAGUUGUCUGACUUCGUGCAGCCAGCGACCUGCUCUAACUUCGCACAGGCUGCCCUCAAUCUCGGUCGUUUAUCGCUAAUCACCGCGUCCGAACUCAUCAAAUCACAAGCAGUUAUCGUUACCUUUGCACUUACAUCCGUACUAGAAAUCAAAUCCUAG